UGCUAACCAACAGAGUACAGUUGUUAGGAGAUGCUGUGAUUAACAUGCUGUGAACCUUCUACAGUCCCAGCUGCAACAUGUCUACAACAAAAGCAGGUGAUGCAGAUGAGGUUUUUGAUUUUAAUGAGGUGAUACCAGAAACAGAAAGACUUGAUAGUAGCUUGCAGAAAGCUCGGGCCCAACUGUCUGUUAAGGCAAGACGACAGCGACCUUCUAGGUCCCGGCUAAGAGACAGCAUAAGCUCCACAGAAGGUGAUGACAGCCUGGAAAGAAGGGUAUCAGAUAGCUAUGGAAGCCCACUACACAAUAUGAGAUCUCCAUUACAUUCCUCUCUCCGAGGCUCCUCUCCGUCCUCAGAAUCCGUCAUUUCUUCAGCAUCACCCUCCCAGCGGGCUGCCUCCUUCUCAUUUGAUGUCAACAUUGUGAGGAGGACAUUUGAAGAGGAAGAGCAGGCAUCGAUGGCGAUGGCACGUUACCAGACUCUGACUAACACUUCCUCCCAGGAAGCCUUGGGCCUAACACCUACAAGUUCCCCUUCCAAAUCCUGCCACAGCUCUGACACCUCUCCAGUUCACAUGAGGAGGGAGAGGAAAACAGAAAAGCACAGUGAAGAAGGAAGCAAGGAAACAAGUCCAGCAGAACCAGCAAGUCCCAUAGUUGGGCUGGAUAGAAAGGCAAGAAGGAAGUUUUUGGACCUUGGGGUACAGCUGCGAAGAUCCUCAUCCACCAAAGGAAGAAAAGCAGAGAAGGCAGCAAACAGACUGUCUACUGGCAGCAGGGAGUCUUUUGAUAGCCCAAUCAGUAUUCUGGCUUCUGCCAAGGCUGCAGUGCCACAGUUUGUGCCUUUCUCAUGGUUCACUGACAGCAGCAAAGGGUCAACCACCUCCAGUAGCACACUGUCACCAACCUGCUCUCCAAGAAUGUCCUCCCAUGGACUUUCUCCGAAAAAGUCUGCUUCCCAGGAGUCGACACUGAGUGAAGAUACCAGUCCUCGAAGUGGAAGCCCCAGAAUUCUAGGUAGCUCAACUGCUGUUUCACGAGCUGCAACCACCCAUCUGCCUCUGUCCUCUGAAGAAUUCCUUGAUGAAGGACAGCCAUACUGCCUUGUUUCAACUUGGACCACACAGCAAGUGUGCCAUUGGCUAAUUGGGUUGAACAUGGAACACUAUGUAUCAGAAUUCACUGCUAGUAACAUUGAUGGUGAACAAUUGUUGCACUUGGAUGGAAGUAAACUGAAGGCUUUGGGGGUUAUCAAUUCACAGGAUCGUGCUACUAUCAAAAAGAAAAUUAAAGAUAUGAACACAGCUGUUGAAAAAGAAAGAAAAGCCCUUGAAAAGCUAGAAAAACAGAAGGAGAAACAGAAGAAAAAGGAACAGGAACAAUUGCAGAAAAAAUCUUAAGGAAGGUGGAAAUGCAAUUGAAUGCACAUUGAAACAUUUGUCUUCAGUUCUUCAGAGAUUAAAACGUAAGCAGCAAGAAGAAAUGCAAGGAAUGGCGGGAUUUAACUGGACAUUGCAUGACAGGUCUGUUGGUGGGACUUGUGAAGUUCUUCAGCUUCACACAUGGACAGUUCAGGUCUGUAAUGGCAACAUCUAGUCUUACAAACAAGUAAUAUUUCAUGAUGCAGGUAGAUGUUUCUUUAGGUCUCAGUGGCUUACUGUGAAAACUGUUCUGCUUUUACUAAUCGACAAAUUCAUCCUGAAUCAGACGUAGUGGAAGAAUAUAACAUCAGGAUAAUCCAUUAAAAAAUUGGAAAGUAACCUUUUAAGAAUAAAAUCUUCCUAAUUAUUUUUACGUCAUUAGUAAGAGUAAUACUGAAUGCUUCUGUGGGCUUGCAAAGUGAAAGAAUGUGUAAAUAUCUUUUAAAAAUGUUUUGUUUAAUCUUAUAAUUGUUGAAAAUAAUAAGACCAAAAGACAAAGGGGCAGAAUUAGGGCACUCUGCUGUCUUCUAAUGGUUAAGUCAGAAGAAUAAGGGUGAAUUUUGGAUUGAUCAUGCCUGCAUUUGAAAUAUUACAGGCAAUUAUGCACAGUUUUCUCAAACUUAUUUUUUUCCCACAGUCUAGGUUAUGAAGAGUUCAGGGUCCUGAAGUGAGUUUACAAGCAAUUGUGCUGUGAUGGCAGAAGAACAUUGCAUAAAUAUAUGGAUGGAAUGCUGUAAAUGUGGAAUGUGAAUUGGGAUUGAAGUAAAGAGUCUAGAUAAUGGGAUGCAUUUGAUAACUUGCCAUGUGUGAGUAAUGUGUUCUUGUAAUAAAACGUCAGAGAGUGCAUGAGAGAUUAAAAUGGCAAAAGGGAAGACCCUAUUAUCUUCUCAGACUGAGCAUUGUAGUUGCACACUAUAUUCAGACUUUGUAAAUGAGCUUGUUGAUUGAAAAUUGAAAUUUAUCCAAAGAUCUAGGUAGUGAUGAACAUUGUUCACACUGAUGUAAAAAAUAAGCACCGGUUAUGUGACCUUAAAAAGAAGCAUUUUCUUGCCUACAUUUUAAAAAGUAAAAACACAUUGCAGGUAGAAGAAGUUUUGCUGGGGUGGAUAAGUUUUGCAUGUUGCAAAUGUAGUCACUAACGCUAAUAUUUGGUUGGUCUUUCCAAGUAUCACAGUUCUGACUGAAAGUAAAUUGUGGAACAUUCUGAAAUAUUAACUUGCAAAAAGCAAUUGCAGAAUAUUUUAGAGUGGCUUCAAUUUUUUUUAGAGAUUUAGAAGAAAGAUGAAAUGGUUUAUUUUUAAUGAAGACUCUCCGUUAUUGUAAAUUAUACACAUGCAAGUCAAUGAGUUCUGUCUACUUUUUGUUUGCUGCUCCAUGUGGCCACUAUCGCCCACCCUUUCUAUGCAUGUUUUGAAAUAUAUCAUCACAGCUUAUCUGCACAGAACUACAUUAACACACUUCAAGUUUCCUAAUCUUUGAAAUUAUGUUAACACUACUGCAAAAAUGCACAAAUGAUUCAAAAUAAUAUAAUGACUCCCUCCCCCCCCCCCCCCCCCCACAGACAAGA